CACUCCUCACCAUGGCCAACACUUUGCUUUUCUUUUGGAUUUUGAGUUUCUCUUCUAUUUAUAAACCUCAUCACUGCAUCACCAUUACCAAAUUUCCAGAGUUUUGUCGAAGAUUUUCCUUCCCAGAAAUGGCUUCCUCUGGCGGUCCCAUGCCAGUGCUGCCCACCGAGAAGGCAGUGGCACACACAAGCUUCUGGGUCGGGACCAAUGUGAUGGUCCUGUUCCCUGGAUGGCCUGGUAAUUACAGCCUCUUGCAUUACUACUUGGCUCUACUUCUGGUCUUUGUGCUUGCCCUCCUUACUCCGAUUUGUGGAAUGUGUUCCAUGCCUGCCAACGAACAAAUGGCCCCUAUGACCCUGCUUCUCUACGCCAUGAGGCAUGGCCUGCGCAAGUGCCUUUUCUACUUGGUGGUGCUCUCGGUCGUCACCUUCAAUGUUGGAGUUUUCCUUGCAGCUAUCGCUGGACAUGUGAUAGGCUACUUUGCCCUCUCCACAUGUAUGCUCUAUCACCAUUGCACUACAACUGAUACCAAAGUCUGAUGGGCUGGGCACCAAGCUUGUGUCUUUCAUUCUUCUAGGUCCUACACCUAUAUAAACCAUAUAUGUGGAGAUGACUUGAGAGGAGGGUUCUGUAUUCCUCCAUUACAGAACACGUUGCAUGUUGCAUGCACUAGUGAUUCUUGUUACUUCUAUACUUUUUUAUUGUUGAAUAUGGAAUAUGCUACUGAUGCUUAUAAGUG